AUGGGGCCGAAGCCAAAGCUUGGAAGGAAAGACAGGAACAAGUCUACUGAGGGAGAAAACGACGCUAUAUUCAACCCAGACUUGCUCGAACCCAACAUCCUAAGGUCGCUGCUCAACGUCAAGAUUGUUUCGAUUCACACGUCGUGCGCUGGGUGCCAUUUCGUGGCACUCGACAUUCAUGGGACUGCGUGGUUGUUUGGGAGGAACGGCUUCUCGUGCUUGGGCAUCGCGGACGUCGACUACGUCUCGGAGAACGCGCCCGUUCCUCUGAAGCCUACCGACCUCGGUGCGCCCCAGGGCACUAAAUUCGUCCAUGCUGCGUGUGGCCGCAACCACACGCUUUUGGUUGGGAGCGACGGGUCUGUCUGGGCGGCGGGCGCUAAUAAUGUCGGGCAGUGUGGCCAACCACCCAGUCCGGACGUUCCUGCGUUCAAGCCCGUCUCCGUUGUGCACGGGGGCAACAGGGAAAAGGUCGUCCAAGCUUCGGCGGGCAUCUCGUUCUCCCUGGUCCUUACCGACACCGGAAAAGUGUUUUCCUUUGGUAGUGCCGAAAAGGGGCAACUGGGUAACGGUGUGACUGGCGAGCGUAUCCUCACUGGAAAUAAGACUGGCUUCGAUAUCGAAUGGCAACCAGUCUUCGUCAAGGAAUUGAAGGACAAGAAGGUCGUCAAGAUUUCCUCUGGUCAGCAACACAGUUUGGCUAUUGACGACGCCGGUACUGUCUACGGAUGGGGCUUCAAUGGCUAUUGCCGACUAGGUCUUGGCAACCAGGUCGACGCUCUGAAGCCCAAAGUCAUUCCCCAGUUCGCUGGCCCCGAAGAGGCAACGAUGGGUGCAGACAUCGCUGCUGGACCCACGAGCAGCAUCGUCAUCGACAAGCAGGGGAUGUUUUGGAUGGCGGGCAAGUGGAAGAACAGCGGCGAGGGCUCUUCUGGCUCUCCCUACUCUACCUUCAGAUUCAUGCAAGACAUCAUGGGAUGCAAGAUCCUUCUUGCCCGCUCUGGUGGUGUAACCCACUGGCUGACCACUCCCGACGAAGAUGGCAGCCCAAUGACCGUCUGCUGGGGUCAGAACGCCGCCAACGGUGAGCUUGGACUUGGCUUGGACGAGCCGAAGAGCUCCACUAAGCCUACGAAGAACAUGCCCUUGAGCGGUAUCCACGUCAUCGAUAUCGCAGCCGGCCAAAACACGACCCUGCUCCUCGCCAAGCCCAACGACAAGUUCUCCGACUUGCCCCGGCACCCCGAGGACGUGCAGCCUCCCCAGGUGUGCGGCGGGUGCAAGAAGGACGACGGCGAUCCUCUGGAAUGCGACAAGUGUGAUGCGCCGUGGCACUUGCACUGUCUCAACCCGCCGCUCCCCGAGGUCCCGCCCGGCGAGUGGUUCUGCCCCGAGUGCCUCAAGGAGGAGGGCACGCCGAUUGGGAACCCGUGGCGCCACCAGAAGCGGCCCAAGCCGACGAUCCUGCCUGCGGGUGCGCAGCGUGCGCCGGCGAAGAGGCCUGCUCCUCCCCCUGAAGAGUAUGAUGACGAUGACGAUGAUGAAGAUGAGGAGAGCGAUGAUGGUGAUAGGAAAAAGAGGAAGGCUUCUGGUGGUCGCGGUGGUGCUGCCAAGAAGAAGAGGCAGUAG